CUCCCUCAUCACCGUGCCAAAAAAACUCUCUGUGAGGGUUGCGCCACCACCCUCCUGAGACAAGAAUCUACUGUGUUGGACGGGGAAACAUGGCUGAAGUUGUCGCUCAGGCCGAUAGACGAAGCGAGGGGAUUGUGAUCAACGAUGACUGGCCAGGUUACAGUUUAGAUCUCUUCAGCUACCCGGCGCAUUACUCCGGAGAUUUAGACUCUGUCAUCAUCCCACAUGGCGUGAUUAUGGACAGGACGGAGCGUCUUGCUCGGAACAUCAUGGAUGACCUCGGGGACCAUGACAUCGUGGUGCUGUGCGUGCUGAAAGGAGGCUACCAGUUCUGUGCCGACCUGGUGGAACGGAUCAAGGCCCUCAGCCGAAACUCAAACCGCACGAUCCCCAUGAGGGUCCACUUUAUCCGGCUCAGGAGCUACCUGAAUGACCAGUCGACAAAAGAUCUUCACAUACUGGGUGCAGAAGAUCUAUCUUUUUUAGCUGGAAAGAACGUACUGAUCGUUGAGGGCAUUGUUGGCACCGGAAAGACAAUGGAGACUCUCCUGAAGCACGUCAAAGCCUUCAAACCCAAAAUGAUCAAAGUCGCAGGGUUGCUGGUGAAGAGAGUCCAGCAUAGCCUGGCCUGCAUUCCUGACUAUGUCGGCUUUGAGAUACCCAAUUGUUUUGUGGUUGGCUAUGCCUUGGACUACAAUGAGUAUUUUAGGGACCUCAAUCACAUUUGUGUUAUUAGCGAAAGUGGAAAGAAGAAAUAUAAGGUCUGAAGGCAAACGGCGACAGAAGGGUCCGUCACGCGGAUGUCCGUUUCACAGCGAGCCCAGACAUUUCCACGGAGAUGCCAUUCUCUAACAUGUGCCUGUGAUAGCAUCUAAUCUCUGUGCAUAGCUGGGGUAACAUUUCUCCUAACUAACAUGUUUAUACUUCAAUAGGGCAACACACCACAAGUGUCUGUGAUACUUUUUAAAUAAGGAAAUGGUCACUAUGUUUGUUUACAUGUACAAAAUGCUGCUUAUAUUUAAAAUAAGUACAUGAUGAUAGUGAUUUGUAUGCUGUUGUCUGUAAAACAAGAAAGAAAACCUUUACAAUUAAAUCUUUUAAAUGAGAUUUUAGUACAAUCUAAACAUUUAAUUAUUUUUCUUUCACUUUUUUUACAGUUUAUAUUUGGUCACUCUUCUAUCCUCUAUCUGUUUUCAGGGGGAAACAAUGUACAGUAGUAAUGUCAAAACUAAGUGUGCCAACUACCUCGGUUUUCCUUUUACCAAGUAUGUGAGUCGGGCUGCUUUUGUCUUUUUUUAUUUUGCUUAGACAUUUUUUUUUGGAUGGACUAAAGCUAACCAAAAUAACAAAGUGAAAUAAAAAUGCAUUGAUUCUGACAUGUCAUUUUUGACCCACUUAAGGAAAUGAUAGGGUCCAGUGAGACUUAGAAAGAGGGAAAGAAAUAUUUGUCAUGGCAAUUGUAGACUCCAAUGAAAAUUUUCUUCUGCAUUUAACACCACCCCUUAGUUUUUACAACAUCCGGGGAGCAAUUCUGGGGCUAAGGCUCUUUCUUAGGGAGCCACAGUGGCCAUAAAAAGCCAUUACUUGGAGUUAAAAAUUAGAAGACAUAUUUUGAGUUUGCCAAAAAGGCUUUUAGGAUGACUCCCCAAAUGUAUGAAGGAAGAUACUUUGGUCAGAUGAAAGUGUAACUUUUCAGCCACCAAGAAAAAUGCUAUGCCAAGCACAAAUCCAACACAUCCCAUCACCCCAAGAACACCAUCCCCACAGAAACAUGGUGGCAGCAUCAUACUGUGGGGAUGUGCGUCAGCAGCUGGUUAACUGGUCCGAGUCGAAGGAAAGAUGGAUGGCCCUAAAUACAGGGGUACUUUAGAGUCAACCCUGUGUCAGUCUACCUGUGAUUUAAGACUAGGAUUGAGGUUCACUUUCCAGCAGGACAAUAACCCGAAGCAUACUGCUAAAGCAACACUCGAGAAGGAAACAUUUAAAUGUGGUGGAAUGGUCUAGUCAAAGUGUAGACCUCAAUCCAAUUCAGAAUCUCGUUAGAUUUCAAGAUCACUAUUCACAAGCAAAAACCAUCCAACAUGAAGGAUCUGGGGCAGUUUUACCUUGAACAAUGGGAAAGAUUACCAGAGACUAAAUUUAGCAAGCUCACAGAGACGAUCCAAAGUGAGUUGCAGCUGUGAUGGCCACAAAAGGGCGCUCCACAGAGUACUGACUUUAGGUGCAGCCAUGCACGCUGAAAUUUUCAGUUAUUUUAUCCUCUUUGUUGUUUGCUUCACAAUUUAAAAUAAUUAUUUUAAAAGUGUCAGGCCUGAUCUGUAAAUAAAAUGGUGGAAACUCAAUCAAUUCCAGCCUACGAGGCAACAAAACACACAAAAUGCCAUGGGGUGUGUAUACUUUUGCAAGGCCCAGUAAGAUGAAGACUUUUUUAACAUUUCUGUGUGCUGCCCCUAAACGAGAUACAUUGCAUUGUGAGUUAAGAUCAUCUGUGUGGUUUUCAGCUUAUUCGAGACCAUGGGUAACGGGUCCAGGAGGGAAAGCCAGAUAUCCCUCUUUACAACUACUCUCCAGUGCAUUCUGGGUGAUCGCAAGUCACACCUUUAAAUAUGUUUGAUCAUCAUUCAAGCUUAUUUACAACAAGAUAACCUGUGUAAAUACAAUAUGCCAUUUUAUAAGGAUGUCUGUAUUUAUUAAAGGAAAAAGCUAUCAACACUAACAUGAGCCUAUGUGAAAAGGUUAUUGCCCCCUAAAUCUGCAACAACUGCUAUCUGGUGCUUGCGAUAACUGGCAGUGAGUUUAUGACAUCGCUGUGGACUUUUCAUCGCAGAGUUGUCUGAAUUAAGCCACAUCGGAUGGUUUGCAACCAAGAACAGCCUGUUGAUGACCAUGGCACUGCUUCUUAAAGUCUGGAAUUGCACUAAGCAACGACAAACCCUUCAUUUUGAGUCUGUUUUGAGUCUAUCAGAGGUGGACUAGGUGUGCUUUAGGGUCACAAACUGUUUCCUUCAGGAUUUGUCAGUUCACAGAAUUUAGAUAUUCUGGGUUCUCUGACCUCCUGGCUGAUUCAUCAAAGCACUCCUGCAGUAAUUUUGAUAGAACAAAGGGGUGAUAAUUUUUUUCCACAUAGGGUCAGGUUGGUUUUUAACUUUUUUACCUUCAUAAGUUAAGUCAUCUUUAAAUCAACUUUUUGUCUUAACUCAGGUCCUCUUUGUGUGAUAUUACAAUUAGCUUAAUAAGCUGAAACAUUUCAGGGAAAUUUGUAAGGGGCGAACACUUUUACACAGCGCUGUGGGUCAGAAAGGUAUUUGUGUUGGGUGUGUCCGGCCUUCUCCCAGUUGGUUGUUCAGGAGAAAACCUCCACAUACUGCGGGUCAGAUGUGCGAACCACCUCACCUGACUCCUUUCAGUAGAGAUGAGCAGCCCAGCCACCCUGAAGCGGAAGCUUGUUUUAGACACCCCCAAUUUUAGACCUUCACUAGUCUUUAGAAUUCCUAUAACGGCUUUUAAAUUACAUUAUUCAUACCUGAGAUUUCUAUGUUAAUUCUGUCAUUCAAAAUCACCUUUUU